AUGGCAACCUCUGGCCGCCUUCAAGUCCCGACCGACGCGUUCGCCGAGGCCGAGGUGGAGACCGAGCUCGUGCUCCAGACGUGGCGGUCCUAUGCCAUCUACCGCAUCGAGGUGGCUUGCCCCAUCACGCAGCGCUGGUGGACACUCGAGAAGCGCUUCUCGGACUUUCACCGCUUGCGGCACAUGCUCGAGCAGUGGGCCAACAGCGCGACGCCGACCUCGGCCAUGGCACGGCCGCUGCGACGGCUCCUCGACGUUCCGUUUCCAAAGCGCGAGUUGCACUGCACGCAGCCAUCGGUCGUCGCCAAGCGCGCGCGCCUCCUCAAGCAAUUUGCGUGGGCGCUCAUGGUCUUCCGCGCCGAGUGCUGCAUGUACGUGCUCGAGUGCGACCAAACACGCACUGCGCCGUCCGAGCGCUUUCUGCGUACGUACGGCCGCCUCGAAGGCUUUCUGGACAUGCCCGAGAGUCUGCGCGAGAUGCAAUUCCAGCGCGCCGAGUGGCCCAUGCUGUCGCACGACCCGUGCUCGAUCUGCCUCGACGAGUUCCAACCCGGCGAUCUCAAGGAGAUUUGCUGCGUCGUCAAGCUCCCAUGCACGCACUGCUUUCACCGCGAGUGCGUCCUCGAUUGGCUCUCGGACAUGCAUUGCUGCCCGCUCUGUCGAGCCGCGACCGAGCGCGUCUCAGGCCUCUAUUUAUAAUAUAUUUUGCUUGUCCG